CUCUUCUCGCGAGAAGAGGGCGGCUUUCCCCCCCCUUUCCCUGUUUGCUUCGAACCCGCGUCGGCGGUUCUCCGAGCAAUGGGAGCGGGGAGAUGCCCCGUCACUGCUCUGCCACUGGCUGCUGCACCCGUGACACACCUGAGACACGCAACCGAGGCAUUUCCUUCCAUCGUUUGCCGAAGGAUAACCCCCGGCGAUCCACAUGGUUAGAGAACUGUCGCAGAAAGGACAUGACAGGACAAGGUCUCUGGGAUCCUGCCUCCAAAUAUGUUUACUUUUGCUCCAAGCACUUUGAGAAGAGUUGCUUUGAACUGGUGGGCACCAGUGGUUACCAUCGGCUCAAGGAGGGGGCUGUUCCCACUAUAUUUGAGUUUCAUGCCAAACCACGCCAAAAAUCAAAGCUAGGCAACUCCAAACUUGCAAAACGUCAGCAGAAGCAGAGCUGUGGUCCUUGUCCGGAGGAAGAGUCGGCUUCCUUGGCCAUGGAUAUCUCGUGUUUCCCUGCACAGGAGCUACCAAGCCCUGGGGCUGCUCCCACUAGCGGUGAGCCCCGAAGCCAGCCUGUUGUCCCUGGGCCGGAGCCGGAGCACUUGGCUACCCUGUCAGACAUUCCCCUGGAACAGUCGCCCGUUGCCACAGGCCAGGAAGACGCUUCUCCUUCUCCAGCUCUCCCGGAAGCUGUGGAUCCCUCCCAUCCGGUCUCCCUCUCCCUUUACAUGCUGCGCCUCCCUCCCCCAGCGGGUGCCUACAUCCAGAACGAGCACAGCUACCAGGUGGGGAGUGCCUUGCUGUGGAAAAGGCGAGCCGAGGCCGCGCUCAACGCGUUGGGGAAAGCCCAGCGGCAGCUGCAAGCCUGCCGGAGGCGAGAGCAGCGUCUCCGCCUGCGCAUCUGCGAGCUCCAGCGCGAACGGCAACCACACAGCGCCAACACCCAUCGAGGGCUUAAGGAGCACCUGCAGGUCUUUGAACUGCAGCUUCUCAAUGACCUUGAGUAACCCUGGGUUGGGCCAACACCUGUGUUUCCCCGAUUGGCAAAGUCAUAGCCUGGAGCUGUAUCCUUCUGUCAGCCGAGCUGUGUCAGAGCUUGAGGCCGUACGAACUGGUGUGCCACUCAGCACUUGCCUCCUUCCUCUUUGUGUUUACUCCCUACUUGUAAAUAAAAGUUGUUUUGUAUGAGUGGGAUGCUCCCAGCUCAGCUGUAAA